UUUUUUCACGUCGUUAUACCUUUAUCCAUAGUACGAUCCUGCCUUGUCAUUUGUCCUUAUUAUACUUGUGUAAAGUUUCGUAAAUGUGCAUCACCUUGUGUUAACCGCAUUGUACUUGUUCUUAUCGAAUAUUGCGGAAAUAUGAAAUUAUGGGAUAUCAGUAUAUAUCGUUUCUAUUUGCAUGAACGGAGCAGUAAUUGUUAGUAAAUAACAGACACGUUAGUUUAUGUCGUCUUUACAAGUUAGGUAAACUCGCGGUUUGAAUUUGGCGCACUACGGUCCAGAUGCGCGCGCAGGUCAAACGGCAAGAUGGCGUCGGUAGCGGGAAUCCUGUGCGCGUGCAGUGCCGUUUAUUCGCAGUAAUUUUCAAAGUUUUACGUCGCGUAUGAAAUCGUGUGUCGCGAUAACGAUCGGUCCUCGAUAAGGUCGAAACGAUAAUGCAAAUAACAUAACGCGAAACGCGCUAAUUGAAAUGUAAAUGUAUCGUUUGUAUCCGACGUUCGUACAACGCGUUCACUGGUGGGGGAAGUGACGCGAUGGAAGGGAAAGCAUCGGCGAGUCGUCGACUCGAGUGCCGCUGGAAGUUUGCGCUUGCCCGUGAGCUCGUACGGAGUUUAGUUUGUUUGGUGCGGUAAAGUUUAUUGUUUCGUCCUUCUUGACCGUUCGGCGAGUCGCGAAAUAACGCGUCGUGUCGAAACUCGAGCGGCGGUGUAAAGUGCAGGACGCGUGUUCGUGGCGUAAUUGAAAAGUUUCGUGAGAACUUGUAAAAUACGAGGCGGCGUGGUAGUGUCGUUGACGUUUCGUGUGUCAGUGUCCUCUCUCUCUGUUCCCGUCUCUGUCCCGCUUGCACCCUUUCUCGAUCGCGUCCCUUCUCCUCUCGAUCCUUCUACACAUUAAAACAUCGUACUACGGAACCGCGUCGCGUUGUUGCAAUGCCAGAUGACAGGUGCGAGGCGCUGCCACUGGUAUCCGUUAACGAGUCCUUCGAAUCUCCUGCGGAUUUAGGAUUAACCGCAGAAUGACGAGCGCAAGGUUAUUUUACCGGAAGGGCGGCGAAGAGGACCGAAGACGACGGCCACGACGACGUUCUCGAAUUCCCUCGCGCUAGCGGUGGGCUAUGAGCGCUGACAAUGGGGACGACUCCUUGGCCGAAUCGAAGUAGCGGACGAAGGGGAAGUUCCGCGGACAUUGACACGUGGAUGCUGUGGCCCGUGUUGGGGGAUGAUGGGCUGAGCCCAACGUCGCCCCCGGCGUCGGCCAGCGUCAAGGGGGUGAACAAGCUGGCGCCCUUGUUGCUCUGCGCCCCGUGCAAGCCGACCAGCCAUAGGAAGAACCAGAAUUCCACGCAGUGGUACGUGCAGCAGCCCACGUGGCGUUUAUGGGGCGAGGAACGGGGCGACGGCGUCAUAUACACGGUGUACCUGAAGAAGGUUCGCUAUCACAGGCCGACCAGAAGUCUCUCCGCCUCGGACUCCGACGACGAGAUCUCGCAUCUAGAAUGGGAAACGGUGAGAGUGCGUUUCCUGAAAGCUGGCACGGUGCAGAGGUUGGUGGAGAGUUUGGCGAACGACGAUGGGGAACUCGAGUCGACAUACAUAAACGUCUUCUUGGCGACGUAUCGUGCGUUCACGACGCCGCGAGAGGUUCUCGAGCUAUUGUUAGCGAGGUACGACGCCCUCGACGAGGGAUCCGGCGCCCUGACAGGUGAACAGCAUCGAAAGACUCUGGUACAAGCUCUUCACGUCUGGCUGGACGCUUAUCCCGGUGACUGGAAGUCGCCGCCGAAUCAUCCUCUGCUCAGCAGACUCUUGGACUUCACGCAUCGACGGCUUCCUAGCUCGGAACUCGAGCUCAAGGCAAGGCAUCGUUUGCACAGGUUCCAGCGUGAAGAUCAAAUAGACUCCUGCAUGGUCUACGACAAUGGACGUCUGCCCCGAAGUUCCCCGGAGCCCAUCGUGGAUCACUGGGCGAACUACAAUUUCCCCGAGGUUCCGCACCGCCAUUUCGCCGAACAGUUAACCCGUAUGGACGCGGAGGUGUUCAAGAAGCUCGUGGCUCAUCAGUGUUUAGGUGCUGUUUGGUCCAGAAGGGACCGCUCGAGAAGUCACGACGCAGCCACCGUAUUGGCAACCGUGAAUCAGUUCAAUGCCGUAUCGUUGCGAGUGAUAUCCACGAUACUGAUGGAGCCGACGAUGAAAUCUCAGGAACGCGCGAGAAUUCUUGAGACGUGGAUCGACAUUGCUCAAGAGUUGCGCGUGUUGAAGAAUUUCAGUAGCCUGAAGGCUAUCGUGUCCGGUCUUCAGAGUAACCCCGUAUACAGGUUAGAAAAAUGCUGGCAGUGCAUGCCCAGAGAGAAGCACGAACUGUUCAGAGAGUUGGAGAGGAUCUUCUCGGAAGAGAACAACGCGUGGACGCAGAGAGAGCUUCUGAUCAAGGAAGGCACUGCCAAGUUCGCGGACACUGCCGGUAGAAGCGACAGACACCUUCAGAAGCUGUUUCAAAAGCAGAAUACUCAUGCUGGCAACAUCAGCUACGGAACCAUACCGUACCUGGGGACCUUCCUGACGGAUCUAACAAUGAUAGACACGGCGAUACCCGACACGAUAGCGGAGGGUCUGAUCAAUUUCGACAAAAGAAGAAAAGAGUUCGAGGUCCUCGCCAGGAUACGGCUGCUUCAAGGCGCCGCAAAUGCGUACAACUUCAGCACGGACGCGUUGUUCGAUCGGUGGUUCCACUCGGUGGUGGUGCUCGACGAUCGCGAAGCGUACAAGCUGAGCUGUCAGAUCGAGCCACCGCCGCCUGGAAACACUCUGAGCAAUCGAGGCAAGAAGAAGCAGAGUCAUCAGGGUCACCGUAAGAACGACUCGAUCGCUUCUACGUCGAGCUCGAGCAGCUCCCAGUUCUAUUGCGACCUAGAUUCCCUGCCAAGCUCGCCGCACAACUCUCUCGACCGACGCACCUCGCCGUCCCAGAUGUCCAGCUCUUCCUCCAGCUCGUCUUUACCAUCUCUGGACGUGUCUCUGAGUUCCGGAGGAGGAAGCGGGGCGACGGGUAACCAGCACAAUCGACUGGCACCUUCCGCAGCCGUCACCGCUAACGGGAACGGUCCGAAUAUCGUCGGUCUCUCCAGUCCCAGCCAUUCGCACAAGAGCUCUCCAGACUUCUACAUAAUCAAGGUCACCAUGGAGAGCGACAACGUCGAGACGGACGGCGUGGUGCUGUACAAGUCCAUCAUGCUAUCCAAUAACGAGAGGACGCCGCAAGUUAUACGGAACGCGAUGCUGAAGCUGGGAAUAGAGGGUAGCCCGGAUCAGUACACGCUCGCCCAGGUUCUGCCGGAUCGAGAGUUGGUCUUGCCAAACUCGGCUAACGUUUACUACGCCGUCAACACCGCGCACAAUCUGAACUUUAUUCUGAGACCCAGGCGAGAACCCAACGACACGGCCAGCGAGAGCCCUAAGAGCAAGUCGAGUCACGGUCACAAACGGUAGUGAUGAACUUUUCGAGGAAUAGGAUCGUUGUUUAUAGGCUCUGUGUCGCGACGAGAGAAGACUAUUCGGAGCGACACGCCCAAGUGUUCAUGAAGAACUCCCUCGCAUAUCUGACAGAAUCUCGGUACAUUGCGAUGGUGCGUUUUGUACGUUUUCUUUUAUUACCCAUGACAUUACCAAUUUCUUCUAUCGCGAGGAUGUAUUUUUUGUUCUUUAGUGAUAAUUGCGAACGGCGCGUUAACUGCGAUGCACACCAAAAUUUACUUAUUUCUUCUUUUUUUCUGUUACUUACUCGUCGCACUCUCGCGUUAACACGGCGUUACACGGUACUCGGAUUUUGACAUUGCUGUGUGGACUAAUGAAUUAGCUUUAGGUACGUGAGUCGUAGGCAGACGAACAAACGAAGACGAGGCAACUAGCAUUUCGUACGUGUAGUUAUGUGUAUUUAUACUUGCGGAUUUCACGAGAUUACAAAGGAAGGAAAUAUCGCGGAUCGCAUAAGGGAAGUGUCCGCGCGAGGAUCAUUGUGAUUUUGUACAUAACUUUAGUUUCGUAGUUGUGGUUCUGAUCAGCCGCGAUGACCAAGUGAAUCCCGAUUCAAAUUGUCAAUUACAUUUCUUCUGCGCCGCAAACCAACAAAAACAUUGAAAAUUGUCGAAGCAAUCGUUCGUCCAUUCCGUUUUUCUAGCUGUGCAUCCGCGAAAGAUGCACGGAACAGAGAAAUUCAAAUUCUGUGAUAUAUUGGAAUCUCUCAUUUCGGCUUUGAAGUGGAAUAGAAAAACCGAAAUCGAGCAUAAUGCGCGUCAGAAGCGAAUACUCCGAUAUCGAAGGUUAGGGUGCGCUUAGGCUGAGCAAGCGAAUUUUCGACGCUGGCGAAAUUCGAUUCAGCGAUGUACUCGGUUCAAAUCUCGCUCGCUCGGUGUAAACGUAACCCUGCGAACGUUGAUAUAUUUUUACAAUGGCCUGCAUGCAUUUGUACUAGGAAAAGAUUCGAAGCACAGAAACAUUAAUCGUAGGUUCCAAACUCGGUGAGGUUUGAUCCUCUUCGUCGAUUCGGUUCCUCGACGCAUCCGUUAGCUUAGGCAAUUUUGUACUUACCUCUAUCGACCCUAAUCUCCCUGAAACUAGAUGUAUCACGCGUCAAUUCUUUGCUGAAAUACGCGCAAGUUAUGUAUAAUGCGAGUCGAUAAAAGUGAGAAUAGAUGGCCUACAAUUUUAA